UUUCAUAUGCAACACGUACGAUUAAGGUAAACAGACAUCAACGAAAUUACAUCAAAUUUCCGUCAUCAAAAGACAUUAUAAUUAGGUGUCAUCAUGUCAAGUUGUGGCAAAUGCAACAAGCCAGUUUACUUCGCUGAGAAACUGGUGGCUCUCGGAAAAGAUUGGCACAAGAUCUGCUUUACAUGUUCUAAUGAUCAGUGUAACAAGAGAUUAAAUGCUGGAGAACAGCUUGAGCACGACAAGGAUCCUUUUUGUAAAUCAUGCUAUGGAAAACUGUUUGGACCAAAAGGUUUCAGGAGUGGAGGUGCGAACCAACCUAACUCCUUCAUCUAUUCCAAGUGAGGAGGACGGACUCAGCCCAGAAAAUUGGAUUUUAACCUCAUGAAAAGCCUGAUCAAUUCCAUAUCUUUACAGUAAAAACCAUGUCCUCCUAUCUGCUGUACUAUUUAUAGACUAUUUAUCCUUAUAUCAUAUCUUCCAAAUUGUAUAUAAUUCUCUCCUAUUUGUCUUCAAAUGAAAAUUUGUUUUCAUAAAGUGGUUUUUCCCUGCACAUGCCUAAUUUUACAUGUAUUAUAUAUUACUAUUAAAAUAUUGCACACUAUAAUUUAAUAUGCUUAAUUUUUAAUAUGAUACCAUAUAUGGGCUAAAUUAUAGGCCCCUUUUCCCCUCCUGUGUGUUUCCCACUAAGAUCUAGGAUGUACGUUUAUUUACACAUAAAAAGAUAAUUUUGGGGAAUUGAAUAGACUAUGCAAAACCAAGAUAUCAUUGAAAGGAAGUAUUUGUAUGUGACACUAACAAAAUUAAUUUAAUUUUGAUAGACCUCACAGAGUAUGUAGAGUAUCAGAAUUUCCUACAGACAGGAAAAUUAGGUUUAGACAUGAUAUCAUGAAGGCUUAAACAUGCAGUGUUUGUUUGUAUUGUUUCCAGUUACCAUUCCUUUCAAUUUCCUUCACUUUUACCAAAGAAUUUAUAUCUAAAAAUACCUUUCAUCUCUUUGUUGAUGUCAUAAUUCAUAUUCCUAUAAAUUGAUGAAUUAUUGUAUUCUUAUUCUAAUGAGAAUGAUGAUGUUUUGAAUAUAUAGAUAGUAACCAUUACUUAUGCUGCCCCAGCAUUAGUGCACAAUACAUUGUAGCUUUGUGGUUCAUAUAGAAAUUCUUCAUGUUUGGUAUUAAAGAAGAAACAGAUUAAGUAAAUUAACAAAAAAA